ACGACUCCUUCAAGUUUAGCCGAUGCGUCAACUUGGUGAAUCACCAGGAGAAUAACUAAAGAAAGGAGGGAAAGGAUGGGAGGGGGGAAAGGAGGGGGGCAGAAAAACUUUCGCCCUCCUUACAAAAACCCUCCGCCGUCAGUCAGUCUGUCACACAGACCACACACCCGUCAAGUCUGCGGACCGUCAAAGUCAGCCAGGCGGAUUUGGUGCGCACACCUCGGCUUUUAUCAACAGCGACCCACCGGUAGAAUUCGGUGUUGGCGAUGUUUUUGAUCAAUUCACAAAUGUUUAAUUAGAGAGAGUGUAAAGUUCCAUGGACAUAGGAUUCAGAAUGUUUUUUUUCAAGAGAAGAUACUUCAAGUUAGACUAAUCAAGGAACAAUUUAAGUUUAUGGAGAAAAGUUUUGAAAAGGUUAAAUCAACAAAAGAGAUACGAAUUCAUCAUUACGCAAUUAGUCCAGUAGUCUUUGGAGAAAGUCUUGCUGAUUUAAUCAGUGCGCGCCGAAAGGAAAUAAAGGAUAUUGCGAAAAUUAAAAAUGCAUUUUGAAGUCCUUCACAUUCAGCGCGUCCUGCUAUUGGCUGCAGCCGUGACAUCGGUCCAGGUCCCAGACCCCUCCUUCAGCCUGUCCAAUGAGAGGACUUCGAUUGAGAGGACGUAUGAGCUGACCAAGUACCUGGAGCAUCAGCUGAGAGAGAUAAAGGACACCUAUUUAUCCUACCUGGGCCCGCCGUUCAGUGACCCAGACUUCUCCCCUCCGCGGCCCAACAGCACAGCCCUGUCCUUACCCAGCGCGGCCACCCGUCUGGAGCUGUGGCGGGGCCUGGAGAACCGUGCCAGGCUGGCCCAGAACCAGAGGGCUUACUCUGUUCUGCUGGGGGCGGUGAGGGAGCUGGCCCGUUCCACCCUCUGCCCCUACCUCCAGAGCUCCCUGCUGCACUUUUCUACAGGCCUGGACGGUCUGCUAGGGUCUAUAUCAGGCCUCAUGAACACACUGGGGUAUGCCCUGCCUCCUGCUGGGAUUGAAGCGCAGUACCCACGUAGGGGCAAAGGGGGCAAUGGAGAGGCGACGGGACGCAGGCCAGCUCCACUUAUGAGUCAGGGUCUCUAUAAGACAGGUGCAGGGAUGGGGGCGGGACCAAGGAGGCAUCCCCUUGAUGAUCAGAGGGGUGCUGGGACCACCAGAGGGGUGGUGAGAGGACAAAAGGAGGAGAGCACCAGGAGAGAAAUGACGGAGAGAAAGAGGGAGCGAGAGAAGGAUAGAGGGUGGGGAAGGGAGGGGAGGAGAGCGGAGGUGACAGGGGCUGCGGUUAGGAGCGUGGGAUCGAGGCAGGAGGGGAGAGGGGAGCGAGGGAGGAAAGGGAGGAAGAGACACUCAGAGGAUUGGGAGGGGGCCAGUGAAGACAGGGAAGAGGAGGAAGACUACAACUUCAACUACCACCCCCAGAACAAGGACCGAGCCAGAGAGGCGGAUGCAGAAAACAGGGCGACAGAGGAGGAACAUUACAUCAUCAGAGAGUCUGCAUCCCUCCUCUCCUCCUCUCCAUCCCUACAUCCCCAGCGCCGAUCCCCUCGCUCCUUAUUCUCCCCCACCCUCCACCCCCCCCUCUCCCUCUUCUACCCGUUUGGCACGGGGACAGGGGAGGGACACACCCUGUUGUCAGAACCAGUGCCCCUGUCAUUGAGGAGGGGUCCCCCCCUGCUGCCGCCCCCUCCCCUGUCCCCCCUCCUGUCCUCCUCCCCUCUGCUGGCGGUGCGGCCGGUGCUCAACGACUUCUCCAGGAAGGUGGAGGGCUUCUGGGUACUGAGGGAGCUGCAGAGCUGGCUGUGGCGCUCCGCCAAGGACUUCAACCGCCUUAAGAAGAGACUUAGAGUCUGA